AUGGAGGUUGUGACAAUUCUCCUAACGGCCUUAGCCAUCUUAUUAACGUACUUCAUAAUCCGCCAGAUGACCUACUGGUCGUCAAGGAAGGUUCCGCACCUGCGGCCAAUACCUCUGCUCGGUAACACAAGUUCAGUAUUCACCGGGAGGCAAUCUCCUGCGGAAUAUUCCCGAGAACUUUAUCUUCAGUACCCUGAACUUCCUUACAUCGGUUUAAUGAACUUCAACACACCAACUUUACUUAUCAACUCUCCGGAACUGAUCAAAGAGAUCUUCAUAAAGAACUUCGACAACAAUCCGGACCACUUAAGCUUCAUAACAGAAGAAUUCGACCCGAUCCUGGGCAAAAACGUGUUUUCCCUCCGGGGUGAGAGAUGGCGCCAGGUGAGAGGUGCGUUGACGCCGACGUUUACUGCGAAGAAGAUGAAGUAUUUGUUUACGCUGAUAGCAGAAGUCUCGAAGAACGUGAUCAAUUAUUUAGAAGAUCAUCCUCAGGAUUGCGAGUUGCUGGAUGUUAGGGAUCUAUUCACCAGGUACGCUAAUGAUGUAAUUGCAACUUCGGCCUUCGGAUUGUCCGUUGACUCCUUAAAGGACAGGACAAAUGAAUUCUACCUCCGCGGGAAGGACGCGACAAACCUGACCGGGAUAUCCAGGAUCUUCAAGUUUGUAUUGGGGAUAUCGUUUCCCAGGAUGAUGCGCCUCCUGGGGCAGACUUACCUCAGCAAGGACACCAACAGGUUCUUCAUCGACUUGAUCCGGGAGGAAGUUAAGCGUCGGGACCUGGAGAAGGUCGUCAGGCCGGAUAUGAUCCACCUCCUGAUGCAGGCUAGGGGCGACAACAUUGGAAUUAACGACAUUGUCGCCCAGGCGUUCGUCUUCUUCCUUGCUGGGUUCGACACCACUUCCUCGCUGAUGAGCUUCGUCAUCCACCAGCUGGCCUUCCAUCAAGACAUCCAGGAGAAGUUGCACCAGGAGGUCGAGUUCCUUGAAGAAAUCAACUAUGAAGAUCUAGGGAAGCUCAAGUUCCUGGAGAUGAUCAUCCUGGAGACUUUAAGGUUCUUUCCUCCAAUAGUGCUCCUGGAUCGCGUCUGCUCCAAGAGGUUCAAGCUUCCACCUCCACCGGGAAGUUCAAUCCAGCUAGACGUUGAAGAGGGCACUGUCCUCUGGGCUCCGACUUUUGCCAUGCAGAGGGAUAACAAGUACUUUCCCGACCCUGAGACUUUUGACCCUGAAAGAUUCGCGGAGGAAAACAAGGGAAAUGUUGAUCCUUGUGUCUAUAUGCCCUUUGGGGUUGGACCCAGGAAGUGCAUUGGGGAAAGGUUUGCUAUUAUGGAGAUCAAGCUGAUGCUCGCUAAGUUGGUAAAGAAGUUUUGGAUCUUCCCCAGUGAGAAAUCUAACAAGGAGAUUAUUUUGGAUAAGAAGAGUCUUAAUUUAGUCCCGAUAGGAGGAAUUUGGGUGAAAUUCGAACGGAGGAAGGUUUAA